AUGACUAAGGAAACUGUGUUACGUAUUACGAAUGGAUCACCAACUCCAGCCUUUGCGGAAAAAGUGAAGGUACGUCAAACAUUGCAGCCUACGGCCAUUGAUGUUAGCAGUCUGCCAAAUCCCACGUUAAUUAAUGGAGAACCAUCUUUGGUAAUCCCUACUGAUUUUUAUCAGGAAGGCUGUAAGCCUUUUGAGUUCAGCUUUAUUGCAAGACUCAACUUCACGGGUUUGAAGUUUUUGGAGGUGAAGAACAGUUUAGUUACUCAAUGGCAGCUAAACCCUAACUCGGUUAGGUUUAUGUCUAUGAGUAGGGGUUUCUUUGUUGUUAUGUUGGGGGAUGAGCACACAAAAGCCAGAAUCCAUAACAGAAAAUGGUUUUUUAAUCAACAGGAGCUACGUUUGAUGGAUUGGUACCCUGGUUUCGAUCCGGAAAGACAAAAUACUUCCCAUGCACCUGUUUGGGUUCAUCUUCCAGGUCUUCAUGCAGAGUUAUGGACCGAAAGAUCUUUGCUAUCCAUUGGGAAAGCAGUUGGUAAUCCGAUUGUAGUUGAUCAAAGAACUUUGAAUCUGGAGUUUGGAAGCUAUGCGUCAGUGCUGGUUGACGUAGAUUUCGCGAAGCACAUUCCUGACAGAAUUCUUCUAACAGCUGGGGGGAGAACUUUCUGGCAAUAUGUGGAGAUACCUAAGCAUCCAAAAUUCUGUAUGCAUUGUAACAUCAUAGGGCACAAUGAGAGUGAGUGCAGGAGGAAACCAAAAUCUGAUGAACCUGUUAAGGACAAGGCGGAUAUUCAGGAAUGGCAGGAUGCUAAAGGUAAGAAGCGAUCACGCAAUCGUAAGAAGAAUAACACUCAAGCGGAUACUAGUGGUGUUGACAACUCAGGCGAAACUGGUGAAGAUGCACACAAUGGUGCAGGUAAAGAUAUUAAUGUACAUGUUGUUUUUGGGGAGAAUGCUGCUGGUAAGGAGGAUACUAGUCAGCUUGAGGAGGUGCUGGCUGCUUCUGAAGCUCGGCUUCGUGCAGCGUCUGACGCUGUUGAGACAUCUAAAUUGGCGAUUGCACAGAAAUGA